AUGGGUUGGUGUCGAGUAUGGAACGCCAGCGCAGCCCCUAUAUAAUAAUAGAGAAAAAGUGGGAGUGUGUGGCAGGACACUUUUGUGAAUUAACAAAUUAAAGCGUGAAGAUUCCAAUUUUGUUGCUGCUAGACUACAGCCUACGCUUGAUUACGCCUUUCCGAUUUACCUUCUCCCAUCACAAUCAGAUCCAUUUGUACGCUAACCCCAUUCUUUUCCCAAAAUCCACUUAUUCUCACCCAUGGAAGAAGCUAAAGUUAUUGAAGCUAAAGAUGGAACUAUCCCUGUUGCUUCUGGAUAUUCUGGUCAUCAAGAAGUUGUUGAAGCUAAAGAUGGAACGAUCUCAGUCGCUUCUGCAUUUGCUGGUCAUCAAGAAGCUGUUCAGGAUAGAGAUCACAAAUUCUUGACAAGAGCAGUUGAAGAAGCUUAUAGAGGUGUGGAAUGUGGAGAUGGAGGUCCUUUUGGUGCUGUCGUUGUGCGCAACGAUGAAGUGGUUGUAAGUUGUCAUAAUCUGGUUCUCAAGCAAACAGACCCUACUGCCCAUGCAGAGGUUACGGCAAUAAGAGAGGCUUGCAAGAAGCUCAACAAGAUUGAGCUCUCAGACUGUGAGAUUUAUGCCUCCUGCGAGCCAUGUCCUAUGUGCUUUGGUGCUAUCCAUCUUUCCAGAAUUAAGAGAUUGGUGUAUGGAGCGAAAGCGGAAGCUGCUAUUGCCAUUGGGUUCGAUGACUUCAUCGCGGAUGCAUUAAGAGGAACUGGGUUUUACCAGAAGGCUAAUUUGGAAAUCAAAAGAGCUGAUGGUAAACAGGCCAUUAUUGCAGAGCAGGUAUUCGAGAAAACAAAGGCCAAAUUUCAACUGUAUUAAGGGAUAUUAUUCACAUGUUGUUUCAACACUUCCCUACCCACAUGUUCAAUAGCUCUUCUCAUUUAACUACAAUGCUAAUUCAAUUGCUCUUUUGGUAUAUGUUGAGACAUUUGGAUUUUCAGAUAUUGGAAUUUGUUAAAUUCUCUCA